GUUCAGACGUCUCUUAUCUUCUGCAAAUAUAUAACCAAAACCACGACGCUUAUCUCAACUGUAUUUUGACGUCUCCGUUGGAAAGCGUGCCUCUCUCUCUCUCUACACACAUAUAUAUAUAUAUAUAUAUAAUCUGGAAAACAGAGCUCUGAGGGUGAUUCGGAGAGAAGAGAAGAUCCAACGAAGCAAAGUUUAGCAUCCAUGGAGAUGGAUUCAUCAGCUCAGCGUCGCCUCCUAACCAUUGAAAACCACCUCACCUCCGCCGCCGGCGACAUUCAACACUUAUUUCUCCGGCCAAACCCAACCGCCGGCGAGUUCUUCUACGAACAGGGGUACAGCGUUUUGCUUCCAGAGAAAUUGCAGACGGGAAAGUGGAAUGUGUACAGAUCUGCACGCUCUCCUAUAAAGCUUCUUAACAGAUUUCCAGAUCAUCCUGAAAUUGGUACCUUACAUGAUAAUUUUGUGCGUUCAGUUGAGACUUUUCGAGAUUACAAGUACUUGGGUACACGGAUUCGGGUUGAUGGGACAGUUGGAGAGUACAAGUGGAUGACAUAUGGGGAAGCAGGUACUGCCCGGUCAGCAAUUGGUUCUGGUUUAGUGUAUCAUGGAAUACCAAAGGGAGCUUGUGUCGGGCUGUAUUUUAUCAACAGACCAGAGUGGCUAAUUGUCGAUCAUGCCUGCUCUGCAUAUUCAUACAUUUCGGUUCCUUUAUAUGACACACUUGGUCCAGAUGCUGUCAAGUUCAUUAUAAACCAUGCUGUUGUACAAGCCAUAUUUUGUUUGCCAGAAACAUUGAACAUUUUGUUGAGCUUCUUGUCUGAGAUUCCGUCUGUACAUCUUAUAGUGGUGGUUGGAGGCAUCGAUGAACGAAUGCCAUCUCUUCCAUCGUCAACAGGAGUUGAAGUUAUAUCAUAUUCAAAACUACUUAGUCAGGGGAGAAGUAGCCUUCAACCUUUUUGCCCUCCAAAACCUGAUGACGUUGCUACUAUUUGCUAUACAAGUGGUACAACUGGAACUCCGAAGGGAGCUGUAUUGUCUCACGAGAACUUGAUCACAAAUGUUGCUGGGGCAAGCCUUUCUGUCAAAUUCUGUCCCUCAGACAUUUACAUAUCCUAUCUUCCUUUGGCACACAUAUAUGAACGGGCGAACCAGGUCACAAUGGCGCAUUUUGGAGUUGCAGUUGGAUUCUACCAGGGAGACAAUUUGAAAUUAAUGGAUGAUAUGGCAGCUUUAAGACCCACUUUAUUCUGCAGUGUUCCUCGGUUGUACAAUAGAAUAUAUGCUGGCAUUACGAAUUCUGUGAAGACAUCUGGUGGUCUGAAAGAGAGGUUAUUUAAUGUGGCCUAUAAUGCUAAGAAGCAAUCUAUAUUGUCUGGUAAGAAUCCAUCUCCAAUGUGGGACAGAUUGGUAUUUAACAAAAUCAAGGCAAAGCUUGGAGGACGGGUUCGUUUUAUGGCAUCAGGCGCCUCACCCUUGUCUCCUGAUGUAAUGGAUUUCUUGAGAGUAUGUUUUGGUUGCCAAGUUGUGGAAGGAUAUGGAAUGACUGAAACUGCUUGUGUUAUAAGCGCUAUGGAUGAGGGUGACAAUCUAUCUGGUCAUGUAGGCUCUCCUAAUCCUGCUUGUGAAGUAAAGCUCAUGGAUGUUCCAGAAAUGAACUAUACAUCUGAUGAUAAGCCCUAUCCAAGGGGUGAAAUCUGUGUGAGGGGCCCCCUGGUAUUCCUAGGCUACCACAAAGAUGAAGUGCAGACGAGAGAAGUAAUUGAUGAAGAUGGAUGGCUUCAUACAGGAGACAUAGGCUUAAUGUCAUCUGGAGGUCGCCUAAAGAUAAUUGAUAGGAAGAAGAACAUAUUUAAGUUGGCACAGGGAGAGUACAUAGCACCAGAGAAAAUUGAGAAUGUGUAUGCUAAAUGCAAGUUUGUUGCGCAGUGCUUUGUUUACGGGGACAGCCUCAACUCUUCCUUAGUUGCUGUUGUCUCAGUGGACCCAGAUGUGUUGAAUGCUUGGGCUGCAAGUGAAGACAUCAAGUACAAAGAUUUAGGAGAACUGUGCAACGACCCAAGAGCAAGGGCCGCUGUUUUGGCCGACAUGGAAGCUGUUGGAAGGGAAGCUCAGCUGAGAGGUUUUGAAUUUGCAAAAUCUGUGACUUUGGUGCUUGAACAGUUCACCAUGGAGAAUGGUCUGCUUACGCCAACAUUCAAGAUCAAGAGACCUCAAGCUAAAGCAUACUUUGCAAAAGCUAUAGCUAACAUGUAUGCAGAGCUUUCAACGUCUGAACCCUCUCUCUCAAAAAUGUGAAAUAGGAAGGAAAGACAGAGAAUAGAGACCUAAAUUUGUGCAUUUUCGUUUGUCGAUUCAAGUAGCUUCCGGCCCAAAGAAGAUUCGGAAAAUGAUAGUGAAAGAAAUGGAGCCCAACUCGGCAUAUUACUUUGUUUGAUUCUUCCCUUUUUCUUGCCAGGAACGGAAAAAAAAGAGAAAAACUGUGAUGAGAAAUAAUUAAUCAAUUCAUUGAAACAUUUUGUCUCUUGUAGUUCAAAAAUAAAAGUGAAAUUUCACUGACUAUUCUUUGUACACUUAUUGCUUAGAUUUGCUGUCAGUGCCAUGUGCAAUGUGACAAUGCCUAACACAACUUAGGUGUUAUGGACCUCAUUCAUCGCCUUAACAGAAUUCUUAUUUAUUGAUC